GAACCUACCACGUUAUUUUAGACGAAAGCCAUUACAAGGAGCUCCUGAUGCAUCAUGUCAGUCCACCCCCGGCCAGUUCAAGUUCUGAAAGUUCUCUUAUUCGAAUGGGCUUUCCUCAGCACACAAUUGCGCUAAUGGCUGACCAGGAUGCAAAACCAUCUUUUAGCAUGGCGCAUCUGGAAAACAGCAAUGACCCAGGCCUUACAUUAGGAGGAUAUUUCUGUCCCCAGUGUAGAGCCAAAUAUUGUGAGCUCCCGGUGGAAUGCAAAGUGUGUGGACUUACACUAGUGUCUGCACCACACCUGGCUCGAUCAUACCAUCACCUAUUUCCUUUGGAUGCCUUUGAGGAAGUCCCAGUGGAACAGUAUAUGGGGGAAAGGUAUUGUCAGGGAUGUCACGGAGAAAUCAGAGAUCAUCAUGUCUACAUCUGUAAAGUCUGUCAUAGUGUAUUUUGUGUUGAAUGUGAUCUUUUUGCUCAUGAUACCUUGCACUGCUGUCCAGGUUGCAUUCACAGCCAUCCUGGUCCUCCCUGUAUUUGAUGCCUCUCAUUAAAUAUUACUUCUUGUACAUUCCUCUGAGCAGAGAAUCUUCACCAGUUAUUGAACAUCUUCAACAAAUUAGGUUAAAGAGAAAGAUAAGGAAGAUGAGUCACCUGAAGGUGUAUCUAAAUAUGAUUUUAUGCACCAUUCUAUAAUGUAUUUAAUGGACACAUAAUUCGGUGUGUUACCUGUAUUUGUUUUUGCUAAUGUUCUUUUGGAAUAAUAUGGAAUAAUGUGCCAAAUUUAUUUUGAAAAUAUUAAAAUGGACAUGUGCACUUAAAAUAUGAAUCUUAUU